AUGGUGUCUUUAUGCCAGAAAACCAGAGGCCAGGACCAAGCUCAUGGUUAUAUUUAUUCAGAACUUUAUAAACUGCCAAACACGUUCACAUUUGUGAUCAGAUUUGAUCGUCAGGGAAAUCGUAAAGAUGAGGAGAUAGAGGUUAUGAGAAUUUAUGUGACAAACAGAAGGGUCUGGAUUCAGACAGAUGCCUAUACCCUGCAGAGUCCGAGAGAUCGUGUUUUACAGGGGUUCAGCCAUCCUUUUCUUUUCCAGGGGAUGAACAAUCAGUACACUCGCCGGGAGGUCUUCUGCCGGAACACUUGUCAUGAGCUCAAACGCUUCUGGGAAAGGGAAAUCGGCAAACAGACUUGCUACCGAGAAUCAGAGGAGCAUCGUCUGGGAAGAAGUGCGCUGAGGAAGCUCAGAGAAGAAUGGAAGCAGAGGCUAGAAACAAAGCUGAGGCUGCGGAACAAUCCAGAUGAGACUGAAAAGCGGACAAAUGUUGCCUAA